AUGGCAAACUCUAAACUCAUACUUUUACUGUGUCUCUUUGCUUGGUCUUUCUCUCGUGCAUUAGCCUUUGAGCCCAGUCCUAUACAGGAUUUUUGUGUCGCUGACAAAACUUCAUCAGGUAUCGUGAAUGGCAUGGUGUGCAAAGACCCAAAACUCGCUGAGGCAAAUGAUUUCUUCUUCCCUGGCCUCCAUAUUCCAGGAAACACGUCAAACACUCAAGGAUCAAAGGUUACCCCAGUAAAUGUAGUUCAGAUUCCUGGACUGAACACUCUUGGAAUUUCCUUGGUACGCAUCGACUAUGCACCAUGGGGUAUGAACCCUCCACAUACGCACCCAAGAGCUACUGAGAUAUUGACAGUCUUGGAAGGCACUCUUGAAGUUGGUUUCGUCACCUCAAAUCCAGACAACAUUCUAAUCAGAAAGAUCCUUACGAAGGGAUAUGUGUUUGUAUUCCCUAUAGGACUCAUUCACUACCAACGUAAUAUUGGACAUGUUAAUGCAGUUGCAAUUGCAGCCUUGAGCAGCCAAAACCCUGGUGCUAUUACUAUCGCUAAUUCUGUUUUCGGAUCCAAACCUGAUAUC